AUGGGCAGCAACGACUCGCUGCAGUUCGAAGAACCUGCUCACCCGCACAUACCCCUGCACACAUCGUCGGCGACAGACUCGACGGGCUCCGCAGACUCCAAUGCCGCCCGUGCUGGCGGCGCGUCAAAGUCUCCUCCUGCGCUCGAGCGCCAGAGCUCGGUCGGCAAGAUUGCUAGUCUGGCGAAGACUAUAGUCAAGAGCCCGCAGGAGGAGAAGGAGUACCGCGAGCUGGACAAGACGCUGGAUCAUGCGGUGAAGAAGGGGCCGAAGGAGGUCGAUGUUGGGCUGAUGGAGGCGUGA